AUGGACAUGGACCACCUCAUUGGCCAGCGGUUCAACCUCAUCUCCAAAAGUGAAAUUCGAUACGUCGGUACUCUCCACGAAAUCAAUCCUGAGCAGUCCACCAUCGCCUUGGAAAAUGUCUAUUCCUUCGGUACAGAAGAUCGCAAAGUCGAAAAAUUCGUCCCUCCUUCGCAACAGAAAUAUGGCUUCAUUAUCUUCCGAGGAAGCGAUGUCAAAGACAUCAAGAUUGCUGAGGAAGAGCAAUCACAACCCUCUCCGCCUCCAGCCAUGCCCAAUGAUCCCGCCAUACUGAAUGCUUCUCGACCGGGCCCACCACUCGAUGGUCCACCACGAGAUGGUCCUUUUUCGCCUCCGGGCUAUCCUCCUCAUCCUGGCUUUGGUGGCUUUUACCCUCCUCCCGGUCAGUUUGGUCGGGGUUAUGGUCCUCCUCCAGCAGGCUUUGGUCCCGGACCAGGCUUCCCACCGUACGGUCCUCCACCUCCCGGAUACUUUGGUCCCCCUGGCGGUCAAGGCUUCCCACCUGGUCCUGGUCCAGGGCCCGGUCCAGGGCCUUUCCAGCUUCCUCCACCUCCCAUUGGACCCCCUGGCCAACGGAACAUUCCUCAACACUCAGCACCUCCGCAACAAGCCCCAGAGCCCAAUGUACGCUCUUCUGCUCCAUCCUCAACCCUGACUUCAGAAUUACCCGACAACAAGGCUGCAAAGCCUGCACCCUCUGUACCCUCUGCACCCUCCAAAGAUGCACAAGCCCCUGUCCCUCCUCAAGCAAAACCCACCACAGCAGGAAAUGCCGAUAAAGCCGCUCCACCAACUGCUGCAGCACCACCGUCAGCCCCUGCACCUACGGGUCCAAAGGUCAAUCGAGUUAUACCAGCAGUGCCAUUCCAGGUCAAUCAAAAAUCUUUCACACCCCCAGUCCAAUCUGCAGCCGUUACGUCGACCGAUGGGGCUUCUGCAGCCAAAUCUUCGAAACCAGUUCCCUCUCAAGCUGCGAUGGACGAUGCGGCUCGGCAAGCGAAGGAGGCCGUUGCAGCGGCUAUGGCGAAACUCAAUCCCCAGGCGACAACGGCACAGGGCAAGUCUACGUCAUCAGCACAAGCUAUAGAUGCAUUGUCCAAGAGAGUGGCUGAAAUGUCGACAUCUGGCACCGCUAAUGGCACAGCCCGCGGUGGGAGAGGAGGAAUCCGAGGCACCCGAGGUGGCAAUUAUCCACGUGGUGGUGGAGGACCCAAGAAGAUGGAGAUUCCCAAUUCUGAUUUCGACUUCGAAUCCGCAAACGCCAAAUUCAAAAAGGAAGACCUGGUCAAAGAGGCAAUCGCAUCGGGAUCUCCACCUGUUGUCGGAGCGGAUGAGAACGGUCCCGCUGAAUUGGGUGAAGAUAAAUCAACCGACGCGCUAGAAAGAAAGGAUAACUUGUCUGCUUCUGGAGUAGGAUACAACAAGUCCACUUCAUUCUUCGAUAAUAUCUCGUCCGAAGCCAGAGAUCGUGGAGAAGGACAUGAUGGACGGGCCAUUGCUAGACAGGUACGAAGUGAAGAGUUUAGGAAGAAUAUUGAGACUUUUGGACAGGCAAAUGUCGACUCUGGUUUCCGUGGACGAGGCAGAGGAGGUGGGUAUGGGCGAGGACGACCGUAUGGUGGCACCUACCGUGGUGGCUACAAUCGAGGAUUUGGAAACAAUGGAUAUCGAGGAAAUCGAGGACGUGGUGGCCAAGGCCAAGGGCAGGGUCAAGAUGCGGCCGACCAGCCUGCUGCACAGUCAUAG